GGACCAAGGACUUACAAACACAUGUUAAGCAUUCGCUUCUCAUGGAGUGAUUCAGGACGAGACGGGAGAAUGAAUAACUCUGUCCAAACAGGACCUAUAUAAUCACAUGGUCGUUUUUAAGAAGUAUAUCAACCUCGGACAAAGGAUGCAUAUUUGUUUAAACUUCUUGAAAGAAUUUGGCGCUAUACCCGCACCUCAACUUGAAAUCAUCGGCCUGUGUAGAAAACUGGCUACAACACGUGGUAUUAGCCUGGACUAAGAGUGGUGGAUUUCCUCAAUGGAGAGAAUGGGAGAUGUUGCAAUGAACAUUGAAGAUUGGAAAAGGCAUCAAUAUUAUGAUGUUCAUGAACAUCUUUGGAACAUCAGACCUGUGAUAUUCCAAAUUGCGAUAACUCGAGAAUUAUCGAAUUUAGGAAGAGUAAGUUUACUUUUUUUGAGAAUUUAAAUUAACGUUGUUUACAGAAUUCAUAUUAUUUUUAAUUAUUUGUUUUUAAAUGACGUUUAUAGAGGGGCCACCAAUAUUGGUGCUGAGGAAGAACCUCCUGAACCUACGUCACAUUUUAUGGUAAUCGUUGGUCAUGGCAAAAAGCUCAUCAAGGGCGAGACCAUUUACUACCUCAUUGUAAGAAAUUCUUGGGGGUUCAUUGGUCUGAUGAUUGUUAUGGAAGAAUCGAAGCCAAUAAAGAUCUGUUCAUGGGUUUUUGGGGCAUAACGAGGAUAUCUAAAAACGUUGAGCCACAAUUAACCAAUCUCCUCGCUAAAGAUGGAGGUUCAUUAGUACAGGAGCAUGCGAAUGAUCGUCGGGGUAUGGCCAGCAUUCAUCUGUCUAAUAAUUACAAGAAGUUUGAUGAGAAUACUAGUAGAAACUAUAGAAAGAAGGGCAGAAAGGAUGGGAAUGCUGAGGAAAGGGUAGAGGAAUUUACAUUUAAUAUACUUCAGCAUAUGAAGGAAAACAAGUAUUCUAUUCCUCGAAAAGAAAAAUCUGUCGAGAAAGAGACAGAAGAGCAGGAUGGAUCAUCAGAUUCAUCAUCUGAGGAGAGGAACGUCCAAGAGUGUCAUCAAGGAGUAGCACAUAAGAAGCUUAUAUCACAAGUUGAAGAAGCUGUGGAGGUCCAACUCAGUGAUGCUCAAAAGAAAAUCACAUCCACACAGGAGAGUGUUGGAGCUGAUGUAAAUCAAAAGCUCUUCAGAGGCUUUGCAACUACUGCAGCAGUGAGGGAGGGACGCCUUGAUAUUCUUGAGACCUUAAUUAAGGCAGGGGCAUCGCAGCCAGCUUGCGAAGAAGCUCUUCUGGAGGCAAGCUGCCAUGCUCAAGCAGGAUGUGAGAAAUUGCUCAUGAGCUCCGAUUUGAUCCGACCUCAAAUUGCUGUACAAGCUCUUGUGGCCGCAUGCUGUAGGGGGUUUGUAGACGUGGUUGAAACACUUAUAAAGUUGCAUCCGUGUUAUUGUCUUCUUCCAAGAGACUAG